AGAGAUGUCUGAGGUGGGGGCCCUUGGCCUCUGUGUCCUGGCUGCUGCUCAGGACCUGCAGGGCACACAGUGGUGUCCGCAGCUCCGCAUGUCCCAGUCCAGAGAGGCGGCAGGAGGAUGGAGUUUGGAAGGAUUUCAGCUCCAGGCUGGCCACUGGACCGCUUUCAGCAUUUUUUAAGAAGUGCUUCAGUUCCUCAAGAGAAACCGUCUACUCCAGAUGUGGAGGACCCACCCCCAUAUCUCACAGUGGAUGAUCUUUUAGGAAGGCAGAAAAAAGUCUACCUUGAGACCUAUGGCUGCCAGAUGAAUGUGAAUGACACAGAGAUAGCCUGGUCCAUCUUACAGAAGAGUGGCUACCUCCGGACCAGUAACCUUCAGGAGGCUGAUGUGGUCCUGCUUGUCACAUGUUCUAUCAGGGAGAAGGCUGAACAGACCAUCUGGAAUCGUUUACAUCAGCUCAAAUCCUUGAAGUCAAAACGGCUCCACUCCCGAGUGCCUCUGAGGAUUGGGAUUCUAGGCUGCAUGGCUGAGAGAUUGAAGGAGGAGAUCCUCAACAGAGAGAAAAUGGUGGAUAUUUUGGCUGGUCCAGAUGCCUAUAGAGACCUUCCUCGGCUGCUUGCUGUUGCCGAGUCAGGCCAGCAAGCUGCCAAUGUUCUGCUCUCUCUGGAUGAGACCUAUGCUGAUGUCAUGCCAGUCCAGAUGAGCCCCAGUGCCACUUCUGCUUUUGUGUCUAUCAUGCGAGGCUGUGACAACAUGUGCAGCUACUGCAUUGUUCCUUUCACACGUGGCCGGGAGAGGAGUCGGCCUGUUGCCUCCAUUCUAGAGGAAGUGAGGAAGCUUUCUGAGCAGGGGCUGAAAGAAGUGACACUCCUUGGUCAGAAUGUUAAUAGUUUUCGGGACAAUUCAGAAGUCCAGUUCAACAAUGCAGUGUCCACCAACCUUAGCCGUGGCUUUUCCACCAACUAUAAAGCCAAGCAAGGGGGCCUUCGUUUUGCUUACCUUCUGGAUCAGGUUUCCAGAAUAGAUCCAGAAAUGAGGAUUCGUUUCACCUCUCCCCACCCCAAGGACUUUCCUGAUGAGGUUCUGCAGCUGAUUCACGAGAGGGACAAUAUCUGUAAACAGAUCCACCUACCAGCCCAGAGUGGAAGCAGCCGUGUAUUGGAGGCCAUGCGGAGGGGAUAUUCAAGAGAAGCUUAUGUGGAAUUAAUUCAUCAUAUCAGAGAGUCUAUCCCAGGUGUGAGCCUCAGCAGCGAUUUCAUUGCUGGCUUUUGUGGUGAGACGGAGGAAGAUCACCUCCAGACAGUGUCUUUGCUUCAGGAAGUUCAGUACAACAUGGGCUUCCUCUUUGCCUACAGCAUGAGACAGAAGACACGGGCAUAUCACAGGCUGAAGGAUGAUAUCCCGGAAGAGGUAAAAUUAAGGCGUUUGGAGGAACUUAUCACUGUCUUCCGAGAAGAAGCAACAAAAGCCAACAAGACUUUUGUGGGUUGUACCCAGCUGGUGCUGGUGGAGGGGGUCAGUAAACGCUCUGCCACUGACCUGUAUGGCCGGAAUGAUGGAAACCUUAAGGUGAUCUUUCCUGAUGUAGAGAUGGAGGAUGUCACUAACUCUGGGCUCAGGGUCCAAGCUCAGCCUGGAGACUAUGUGCUGGUGAAGAUCACCUCAGCCAGCUCUCAGACACUUAAGGGACAUGUUCUCUGCAGGACCACUCUGAAGGACUCUGCAGCGUAUUGCUGACCUGAGUGGUUGGCCUCUCAUUCUUUCCCAGCAGGAAGAGAGAUAUGACUGGUCACUAAUGAAAGAGGUAACGAAGCUUUGGAGACAAGCUGCAAGUGGUGAAGCAACUUUCUAUGAAAUGGAAAAUCCAUUUCUUUGCUCCUUUGUGAACAGCUUUUACAGUCAUUAAAUUUACCUAAACUAAA